ACCAUAUCUUAAGUGUACUACUACCGAUGCUCCUUGCUGCAAUGCACGAAGCGUGGUUUCACGAUGCGGAAUAUUCCAGAGCAACAGAGAAUAGCACGCUACAUACGUGCUAAGCCUUACCUGUGGCCACAUAACAACUCUUUCUCUCCGGCGACGACAGCACUGGUAGUAAUUGACAUGCAGCGUGACUUCUGCGAAGAGGGCGGGUACCUUUCUCGACAGGGUUAUGAUGUCUCUCUUACCCGUGCCAUUAUCCCCAACCUCCAACAUCUCCUGCAACGCUUCCGCAUUGCCAAUUUUCCAGUCUAUCACACCCGUGAAGGUCACAGGCCAGAUCUGUCCGACCUGCCUGCUCGGGAAUUGUACCGCUCACGCAACAACCCGUCAGGUCUUGGGAUAGGCGAUCAAGGUCCGCUUGGCCGUCUGCUCGUCCGUGGAGAGCCUGGCCACGACAUUAUCCCCGAACUGUAUCCGCUGGAAGGGGAGCCAGUCAUCGACAAACCAGGUAAAGGAGCUUUCAAUCAUACCGACUUCGACCUCCUGCUCCGCGUCAGAGGAAUCCGAAAUCUGAUACUGUGCGGAGUGACGACGGAUGUCUGCGUGCACACGACAAUGCGCGAGGCCAACGAUCGUGGUUAUGAUUGCCUUCUUAUCGAGGAUUGCUGUGCUGCGAGCGAGCAACCCUUGCACGAUGCCGCAGUAGAGAUGGUGAAGACCGAAGGUGGCAUCUUCGGAGCAACCGCCACGCUUCAUGACGUUCUUCUUGCGAUAGACUUGCACCCGAAGGAUUCAGCAUGACUCUUCAUGGAUGCAAUCACGCAGUGGGUGCCCGCAUAGAAGAGUAACGAACGUUACAGACAGCGCCCACGGUAAUGCGUCGAGCACAGAGAAGUGUCGACGUUGAGUGAUAGGCUCGACAUGUCCAAAAUCUCGUAUCAGUAUGCGGAAGCGGUAAGCUUCACAGGAGUCAAUCUUGCACCUGGUUAAAGAAGCUUCAAUACGAUAGUACGGCUGUAUCUAGUUGUGCUUGUUGGUUGUCGCUUGUCGUCUCGAGCCAAAUGCACAGCCGGCUUCAUGGGAAGAAGACGCGUCGUAGGCUCUCGUUGCCGCGGCGAAGCUAUACCGUUAUACAUCUUGGCGAUGACUCGGAGCAUAUCAUAUCCAUCUGGCGGACCUGCUAUAUCUUCUCCACUCCUUCAGCUUGAUAGACGCGAAUGGGAUCGGAUCCGACAUACUUCAUUUUCCCGAUGCGAAACAGGUCGUGCUCGAUCUGCCACAUCCAUAAGUCGCAAUGAU